AUCCCUCCCCAGAUCCAUCGCCGCCGCCCCCUUCUCCCCAGAUCCAAUCUCCCCCCUCAUCCUCUCCCGCUCACGCAUGCUCAAGCCGCUCGCCGCCCCCACGCUCCUCCACCUCCAGGCGACGCCGAGCCCGCGGUCUCCCUCCCCAAGAUCGCGCCGGAGCCCGCGGUCCUUCUCCACCUACAGGUCGGCUCUCCUCCUCCCCUUCCAGAUCGCGCCGCCACCUCCCUCCCCCAUCACCUCCCGCAUCACCCACCGUCGACCUCGUCUCCCCCAUCCCCCUCCUCUCGCCUUCCCCAUAUCCACUGGUCCAGGAGAACCUCUCAUGUGCGCGCGGCUCCAUCGCCCCACCCCGCACCCCGCACUCCGUCAGAGAAAACUACCUCGCCCCGCCCCACCCGAUUCGGAGCCGUGCCGCGGGAGAGGGAGGGAGAUGGGGCUCCGCAGGAGAGGGCCGCUGCUGUUGCUCCUCGGCCUCGUGGCUACGGCCUUGGCUGCUGCUGCUGCGGCGGCCGACAUCUAUGCGGCUUGUCGUGCUGAAGCCGUCGGCCGGAGGCGCCAGGGGCUCCUCCUCCAGUGGCGGGCAGGGCUCCAAGGCACCGUCGCCCAGCGCAGCCUGCCUGGCCAGCGCCAGUCCGUCCAGCACGAAGGCAACAUGGUGACUCUAAUGCAGGCAGCACUGGCCAUCCAGUAUAUGGGAUGUAUAUCCCAUUCUGGAAUUUCAUGUGCUCCUUGAGCUAUCUAAGAACAAGCAGACCAUCAUUUCACCAUCUUCGGCCCCCUAGGAUGCUGGCCUUUAGUCUUCAGAAGUUGGAGCUCUAGGAAGAAGAAUCCUGAAGAAAACCCACACCCAGCAAUGCGUUUUAGCUCACUGGACUAGUUAUCUGUUUAUCUAGUUGUAUUUUAGCUAAAUACCAGAUUUGUACUAUUAUCUCACUGUUACCAGAUUUGUAUUUUACGUGAAAACCAGAUUUGUACUGUAACCAGCAAUGCGUUUUAGCUCACUGGAAUAGUUAUCUGUAUAUCUGUAUCACUGUAAUUUCUUUGCUUGGCUGUUGUAUGAAAUAUUAUGCCUUAUUGGCUCUUUUUGAAUCAAAUAUUAUGCACAAAUA